UUUGCAGCAUGAUCAGCUGACUCUGAUGCUGCUGUCAGGAGACCUCACGAACUGUCUUCAUUUGGCACUAUGAUCAUUUCUCAGGCAUUUGCCGCAUAAAAACAGCCGAAAAUUAUCUGGCUAUUUUGUCAUAAAGAGUUCACACAAGCUCCGCCGGUGCAAAAAACAUGACAGAGUUUUGGUUGAUCUCUGCUCCUGGAGAGAAGACUUGCCAACAAACAUGGGACAAAAUGUUGGCAGCUACUACACGACCCAAUGUUCUGUCUACCAACCACAAGUUCAGUAUCCCUGACCUGAAGGUGGGGACCCUAGACGUUCUGGUGGGACUGUCAGAUGAGCUGGCCAAACUAGACUCCUUUGUGGAAGGAGUGGUGAAGAAGGUGGCUCAGUACAUGGCCGACGUGCUAGAGGACAGUCGAGACAAAGUCCAAGAGAAUCUGUUGGCCAAUGGAGUGGAUCUUGUGACCUACAUUACACGAUUUCAAUGGGACAUGGCAAAAUACCCCAUUAAACAGUCACUCAAAAAUAUCUCUGAAAUAAUCUCAAAGCAAGUUACUCAAAUUGACAAUGACUUGAAGACCAGAGCAUUAGCAUACAAUAACCUGAAAGGAAACCUGCAAAACCUGGAAAGAAAGAAUGCGGGGAGCCUACUCACUAGGAGCCUGGCUGACAUUGUGAAGAAGGAUGAUUUUGUACUUGAUUCAGAGUAUUUGAUCACUCUGCUGGUGGUUGUACCAAAGACUUCAUACCCUGAGUGGCAGAAAACAUAUGAAACUCUUGCUGAAAUGGUAGUGCCUCGAUCAUCAAAUUUGUUAUUUGAAGACAAUGACAGCGGAUUGUUGAGUGUCACUCUGUUUAGAAAAGCUAUAGAUGACUUCAAGCACAAAGCCAGAGAGAAUAAAUUCACAGUGAGAGACUUUCAAUACAAUGAGGAGGAGAUGAAGGCAGACAAAGAGGAGAUGACCCGGCUGUCCACCGAUAAGAAGAAACAAUUUGGACCACUUGUGCGAUGGCUCAAAGUUAACUUUAGUGAGGCCUUCAUUGCCUGGAUUCACAUUAAAGCACUAAGGGUAUUUGUGGAGUCUGUUCUCAGGUAUGGGCUUCCAGUGAACUUCCAGGCCAUGCUUCUUCAGCCAAACAAGAAGAACAUGAAGAAAUUGAGAGAGGUGCUCAAUGAUCUUUACAAACAUCUGGACAGUAGCGCAGCAGCUAUCAUUGACUCUGCAAUGGACAUCCCAGGACUGAACCUGAGCCAACAGGAAUAUUACCCAUACGUCUACUACAAGAUCGAUUGCAACCUACUGGACUUCAAACCCUAACCACAAAUGUUUUUCACUGUUUCUUAAUUUAUGUUUUUGGUACCCCCCACUUCUACCACCUUCAUGUCCAUAGGCCUCAAUUGCCGCCGCCCAUUGAGCUGUUUAAGUGACAUCACUGCAUGCCCUCACCUUGUGAUGAAUUGGUUGAGGUUUCUAAAGGGACAAAACUAUUUUAAAUAUUGUUUUUGUUUACAAACCAAAUCAUUGAUGUGAAGUAUCAUUCCAUAUGUGUUGUGUGUAUAGCUGUUUCAAUAAUGUAUCACCAGGUUUACAAAUGGAAAGCCACUGUAUCCAUUUCAGCUGUGGAUUGUGAGUACAUUGUAUAGCAUAAAGUAGUUUUAUGAGUGUGUGCUGUCUUAUGUUGUGUAUAUUUGCUGUCAGAAGAAAUCUAUAUAGAUGUAUUGUGUCAUUCAAAAACUGAAUAAAAAUAUUUGUGGCAAGGUGAUUAUG